AUGAUGUAUGGGAACGCGUCUCCAGUGCCUAGCGCACCCUGCCCCUUCGAUGCCUCCUCCUCCUCCUCCUCCUGCCCGGGUGUAGAGGGUGUGGUGCAGCCUAUGAAGCCCCACCACCCCCACCCCCACCCCCACGAGCAGCAGCAGCAGCAGCACGAGCAGCAGCAGCAGCAGCAGCAGCAGCAGCAGCCCCGUGUAGUAACACUGGAUCCGAUCCCCACAACCGGGGUACCAUGGAUAAGUGAGCAGGUGGUGGAGGUCCGCAGGCCAACGGUGGAGCAGAGAGAGGUGGUGGUGCCGGUGCCGAAGCCAGUGGUGGAGGAGAGGAUCCGGCACGUGCGUCGCCCGGUGUAUGUGGAGAAGGUGGUGGAGGUGCCGCGUGUGGUGCAGCAGCGUGUGGUGGAGGAGGGGCCCCUGGGGGCCCCCCGUCGUGUACUGCGUACAAGUGUACCCAGAGGGGGCCCCAGCACACCAAGACAACAGGGGCCCCCACCACGCCACCUCUCCUGUCCUCUCUCUAGUGCUGGGGGCCCUGGGGGCCCUCUCUUCGCUGCUUGCUGCGGCGGUGAGCAGAGGGCCUCGGGGGCCCCGGGGGCCCCGGGGCCCCAAGCCACGAGCCGGGGGGCAAGCGAAGCAAAGCAAACGAUAUACACCAGACCCUACAGCAUCCACAGUUCUUACCCUGUCCCUAUCCGAUGGAAUACAGCCCCCAUACAGCAGCAGCAACAGCCGCAGCAGCAGCAGCAGCAGCAGCAGCAGCAGCAACCGUUUGUUAUUGAGGGCGAGGAAGCAGCUGCUGAUGCAGCAGGCUGCUGCUCUAUGCUCAGCCCCCGCAGAAGGCCCCCCAGGGUUCGUGAGUUUGUAUACAACACAGGAGACAGCGCAGAAGGAGACAAAUACCGCUUGCGUGUCUCCACCGUCGCCCCCAAAAGAAGAAGCAGACGCCCCUGCGAUGCAUGCUGCGCUGAAACACCACGGGCCGUCUCGGUUCCAGCCCCAACGGUGCGGGUGAUCCAUCCAUACACCUCAAUCAUAAGCCCGCGGGCGUACAGAACAAUACGCGUACCUGUCUCUAGCUAUCAGCAGGAGCAGCAGCAGCUGCAGCAGGAGCAGCAGAGACUGGAGGAGCAGCAGCGACUGCAGCAGGAGCAGCAGAGAUUGGAGCAGGAGCAGCAGCGACUGCAACAGCAGCACCAGCAGCAGCUACUGCAGCAGCAGCAGCAGCAGCAGCAGCAGCAGCAGCAGCAGCAGCAGCAAGUUGCUGCUUCACCUGAUCCCUGGAUUAGAACUAAGUUAGGGGAUAUGCCCUUCUCUGUAUUUGAGAGACUAAACAACGAGGAUUCAUUGAGCCCGCGUCCUGCUGUUGCUGCUGCUGCUGCUGCUGCUGCUGGUUUUGGUGGUGUAGCAUACACCUUGGAGCAGCAGCAGCAGCAGCAGCAGCAGCAGCAGAUCUACCUGCAGAUACAAAGACAGCAGCAAGAAGCUAUUGCGGAGCAGCAACGACGCAUGCAAGAGGAAGAGGAGAGAAGGAUUGAGCUGCUGCGGCUGCAGGCUGAACAAGAGCAGCAGCGCGUGCUGCACCUGCAGCAGCAGCAGCGGCAGCAGCAAGAAGAGGCUCGUCGUUUGUAUGAGCAGCAGGAGCAGCAGCGGCUGCUGGAGUUGCAACGUCUUGAGGAGCAGCGACGAGAGGCAGAACAAAGAAGACAGCAGGAGCUGCAGCAGCUGCAGCAGCAGCUGCAGCUGCAGCAACAGCAGCACGAAGCAGAGAUGCGAGAAAGACUCGAGGAGGAGAGACGCAGAAGAGAAGAAGAAAAAAGAAAACUAAUACAAGAGCUGCAGGAGAAGAGAGAGCAGGAGGAGCUGCUGCAGCGGCAGCAGCAGCAGAAGCAGCUAGAGGAGUUGAUGCAGAUACAGGAGAGACAAAGAAGAGAACAAGAAGAGAGACAGCAGCGUUUUCUCCGCGAGCAAGAGGAGGCCAUGGCCAACCUAUUGAAGCAGCAGAAGCAGCAGCAGAAGCAGCUACAGGAGGAGUUGAAAUCACACCAUGAAAGGCUGCGGCAGCAGCAGCAGCUGCUGCGCAUGCAGCAGGAAGAAGCCCUCAAACAGCUGCAGCAAGACCACCUGCGGCAGCAGCAGCGGCUUGCUGCUGAGUCCCAGCGCAGAGCGGAGGUCCUCUGCAGCCAGGAGGAGCCGCAGCCCCAGUACCCCUGCACUCUCGCGGCGGAGGCGGAGAAGCCCGCGGAGCCGCUGAUAGAAACGAGGCUCGGCCUGAUGCCUUACUCGGACUUCGUCGCCCUGAACCAGGCAGACGCUCUCAAGACAGGAGCCCAGCCUGCGUGCAUGCAUCCGCUGAUGGAGGCGAGCACAUACUCGGGCACAAGCCCGCGGGGUAGUGUCCCUCUUUGGGAGACGGAGACAGUUGCUGCGGUGUCUCCUUAUUCUCCUGCAGCAGCAUAUGCAGCAGGGUAUUCAUACAGCCCGCUGCAGCAGCUGCAGCAGCUGCAGCAGCUGCAGCAGCUGCAGCCUGUACAGUAUGUAUAUCCUAGUGUCUCCCCAGCAGCAACAUACUGGACCCCACAGGAGACAGUUGUCUCCCCCCCUCCUUCUUCUUCUUGUAUUUUCUCAACAAAUGAAGGAGACAGUGAAAUAAUAAAAACAGAAGCACAAAGAAUAAGUAAAGAUGCACUUGCUGUAGGGACACAUGUAUAUGGAGGAGUAAAGAACGCAGUAAACUCGGAGACAACACAACAGCUGCUGCGCUCUGUUGGGGACAUCGUUGCGGGGGCUUAUGAUAGGCUGCGGGGUGUACGCGCAGCUGUACGUACACCUGAGCGCCAGCAGGAGAUAAAGGUAAAAGAGAAAGCCAGAAGAGAAAAGGAGACACCGCAGCGAAGGAGACAGAUAGAGAGAGAAGAGGGGGGGAGGGGACAGGGAGAGACAGAGACAGAAAGGAGACAGGGUAUGCACAGAGACGGAGACAGAGACAGAGACGGAGACAGAGACAAACAGAGACACGCAAAACAGAGACAGACAGACGCAUGA